GGCCCCGCCCAACGUGCGCGUCCCCGCCGCCGUGCGUGCCUUGAAGAAGAGAAGCGGCGCGUGGACGUAAGCGUGGCGUGCAAGCAGUUUAGCUUGUCGUUGUACUCCAAGAGGAGCGCGUGGUAAGAAUCCCCACCGAAUGCUGGGUGCAUGUUAAUGUAACAGUGACCCUCUCAAGCCAAAAAUGGACCCUGAAAACAACGCUGAAGUUCCCGACAUGUUGGAGAAUCUGCAACAGGAGGCGGCGGCGGCGGUUGUGACACAGUUGGAAGCGUCUGCAGAGCCUGAGAAGCCAGCAGCUGCCGAGGGGGAGGAGACGGAGCCGCUUGUGGUGAACAGCGGCGGCGAUGCGUCCGGAACCAACACCGCCGCGCCUAUCCGAGCUUACUUGCACCGUAAUAGCCCCGAAGCUGAGCCACCGGUGCCUGUUGCUGUGCCAGAAGAGUCUGAGCCGGUUCCAGAAGCUGCGCCGCCAACCCAGGAAGAGCCUGUGCCGCCAACCCAGGAAGAGCCUGCGCCACCAGAGCAGCCUCAAGAACCACAGCCUCCAAGCUCAGAGAAGAUUCAGGAAGAAGCUGUCAAGGAAGCUCUGACACAAAAUGGCGGGGAGAAAACGGAAGCAUCCACGGAGAAGCUAGCCGAAGUCUCUGUGCAGAAAGAGGGGAAUGAAGCUGAAACGGCACGCCCAGCUGAGCCCAAGAAGGAAGAUGAGCCGGAAGUAAGCGCCAAGUCGGCUGAGUCGAGUGAGGCCGUGCCCGAUAAGGAGGAGACGGUUCCCUCUGCCGACUCCCUGGCGUUCCCCAUCCUGAAACACGAGAAGACCAAAAACGCACUGCGCGCCUCUCGCACCCUGGUGGUCAUCAGAGGCCUUCCGGGAAGCGGCAAGACCUUCUUGUCCCGAGCGCUGGCCGACGCCUACAAGGACCGCUGCUCCGUCUUCUGCGCCGACGACUACGCGGACAACGGGGACCGCGGCACGGAUGUGCACAAGGCCCUCGACGAGGCGGUGGUGGCCUGCUGCGUCGACGCCGCCUCGGCGCUGGUGGUGGUGGACGACACCAACCACACCCAGGAGCGGCUGGCCCGCCUGGGCGAGAUGGCUCGGGAGCACGGCAUGGUCGCCAUCUUCCUGGAGCCGCGCACGGAAUGGAGCGCCGACAUUGCGCGGCUCGCCAAGCUGGCCGGCCGCAAGCCGGCCGCCGUCGCUGCCGUGAAGCGCCAACUGGAUGAAGUGCGCCUGCCGCUGUUCUUCGGCUGGUUCCUGCUCACCCCUGCGCAGGACCGGCUCAGGUCCACAGGCAACGACUUUCUGACUGCGCUGGACGGCGUCAAGAAGAACGCUGUUGGCUCGUCUGUGAAUGAAGGGCAAGAAGUUCCUCUGGAGCAAUACUUCAAAAGCAAAGGAAGCUUCCACUGCACCACCAAGUUUUGUGACUAUGGGAAGGCAGAGGGAGCCAAAGAAUAUGCCCAGAAACCAGCAGUCUCGGAGUUGUACGGCUCAGUGUUCGAUCUGGCCGUGAGCGCGCUUUUCGUCACGCCUCGCACCUUCGGCGCCCGCGUCAGCCUCACGGAGGAGCAACUGGUGCUGUGGCCGGCCGACGCCGAAAAGGAGGCGGAGCCCUCCGUCCCUGGCGCCGCCUCCUUGCCGGCGGGCAGCCGUGCCCACGUCACCCUGGGUUGCGCGGAGGGCGUGGCGGCGGUCCAAACGGGUCUGGACCUGCUGGAGAUCCUGGUGUUACAACAAGUGGAACCCGUCACCGACUUGGAGCUCGGCUCGCUGCGCUUUUACGGCGAAGGGAGGUGGAUGCUGGAGCUCAAAGAGCCCAUGUGCGCGGCGGCGUGCUUCUCCAGCUUCUACAAGCGCAGGGGCCCAUCCCACGAGCAGGGCAAAAAAGAUUCCAAGAAGAAGAAGAACUGCGCCAUCUUGUGAACACAUGAAGGAAGUGUUGCGUGCAAUAACUGACGUAUUCCAAAAUAGGAGUUCAAGGGCUUCAAAUGUAGCUAGCCAGAAUCUUUGUGCCUCCCCACCCCCCUGCCCAAUUUGCACUACCCAAAAUGCCUUCAGUCAAGUUCAUAUAGCUCACUAUGGCUUCACUUUAGUACACUCGAGCUGCUCGCACAUCAGUGGCAGACCUUUUUAGACAAACAUCCUAGCUCCAUCAUGUACUUAGCGCGCAUCCUAAUCCCAGACUCGCAUGAUGGCACACCGUCUAGGAUUGCUUUCUUAGCGGCAUAGACGAUCGUGCUUGUCGUCGAGAAAGUGAUUGUAACUUUAGCAAAUGGGCCAAAGCUGUGCGUUUAAAUGUAAUGGAGUGUAUAAAGAAGGCUCUUUGCGCGUUUGCGUUGCGCAUUGCUUUGAAAAGGGAGACCUUUUUCUUUCCACCCCGGCCGGCUGCUUGCACUUAAAACAACGCUGUGAAUCCUAAUCGUUUAUGCGACUUUGAUCAAUGAAUUUGCAUUUCAACGUAACCUUUGCCUUUUUUUGUUUUGGAACUCCAACUUUGUCUAUGUAGCUCUUUAUGAAGCACUAUUUUUGCACUUGUUUUGUACACGCAAUAAAAAUCAAUCAUGUGUGGCUCCAGCAA